CGCCACCAGUUGAACAUACUCAUCAUCAGCAUGGAGAAGGAUUCUCUACUUAAGGGAGGAGUAAUGAUCACCCACCAGAACCAUGAUGGGAAGCACCAGUAUGAAGUGCAGGAUGUCAUCAAAUUCAAAACAGCAGAUAGAGGGAAAGCAUUUGCCAGAAAGGGAGACAGGCUGAUGACUAUCAAUGAUAUCAACCUGCAGGAUGUUACACCCGAGGACUUUGCACAGAUCCUGUCUCAGGGUAAUCCCAUGUUGACGGUACACCUCGCCAGCAAGAUGGAGAAGCAUGUUGACCAGGGGUGCCAUGAAGAUGACAAUCUCCAUCCCAUCUCUAAGGAGACUACCCUGCUUCACUUCAGCAUGGAAAUGAGGAGAGAAGAGGACCUGGGGGAGGCUGAUGAAGGAAAAGAGAAAGAAGAGAGAAGAGAAGAGAACGAGGGUAUGGGAGGAGAGAUUGAUGGGGAGGAUAUAUGUCAAGGUGAAGAUGGAGAGAAGGGGCCGAGGGACCUGCUCGUUGUUACCAUGACAAAAACCAGCAUCACUGUUGUGAAGGGGAGGGGCUGUGAUGCCGAGGGUCCCUGUCAUGAAUGCACUGGGAGAGGAUGCAACUUUAAAGAGGUUGUGAUGUUGUCAGAAUCCAGCACAAUGACUCUUGUAUCAAGAGGCAGAGGAAGUGGCAUUUUCAAACAGGAAAAGCAAAUGGACAACAUUUCAAUUGAACAUGCUGUCUCCCAAAAUUACCUCAGAGGAUUCUGUUUGCAAAACACCCCCUAUGUGUCACCAAAUCCAGAGAAGAUGACCAUCUAUUACUACAAAUCAAACUGUAUCGAGAGGACUUUCAGGGGAAUGCCAGUGGUCCUGAAUUUUACUGACUCCAACUGCUUCCUCAAAUGCUGCAGAGAUGGGGAGAGGGUGCUCCUACAAGUGGAGACAUGUGAAAAGGAGAGACUGAAACAGAUCUCCAGGAGUGAUCAGCUGGCCCUGUCAUUUCUCUUCUACAUGAAAGCCAGCAGGGACAGACAGCGGCAGUUUGAAUCUGCCCUCUGCCCCACAUGGUUCAUCCAUGUAGUCAACACAGACACAUUACAAAUGGCAAACCAAGAAGUACAGGGAAAGGACCCGUCCUUCUUCUUCGUCAUUCGGAAAUGAUGAAGAAG